AGCUAUUCAAACUACUCCUUCAGCAGCAACAGACCUUUUUAGCUCUCUCUCUCUCCCUCUCAAAGAAGAGGUUUUCAGAGAUGGGUGCUUCAGGAAAAUGGCUAAAAUCAUUAAUAGGCCUUAAAAAACCAGAAAGAGAGGAUCAUGAAAAGAUGAGUGGAAAAGGCAGGAAAUGGAGGCUUUGGAGGAGUUCUUCUGGAGAGCUUGGAUCGGCUUGGAAGGGUAUGAAAGGAGCGCAUCGAGCGGCAUCGGAGGCAUCUGAUUCCUCUUCAAUAGCUGAUGCCUUCAGUGCUGCGGUAGCCACAGUGGUUCGAGCACCACCAAAAGAUUUCAGGGUGGUGAGGCAAGAGUGGGCAGCGAUUCGGAUACAGACCGCCUUCCGAGGGUUCUUGGCUAGAAGGGCAUUGAGGGCUUUGAAAGGAGUGGUGAGGCUGCAGGCGCUGGUGCGUGGUCGGCAAGUGCGGAAGCAGGCCGCGGUGACUUUGAGAUGCAUGCAGGCGCUUGUUCGAGUUCAAGCCCGUGUGAGGGCCCGACGUGUGCGGAUGUCGACCGAGGGGCAGGCCGUACAGAAUCUGCUAGAUGUUCAUCGCGGCAAGUGUGAUAUCUUGAAAGAAGCUGAGGAAGGAUGGUGUGAUAGUCAGUGUACAUUGGACGAAGUUAGAGCAAAGCUACAGAUGAGGCAAGAGGGAGCAAUCAAGAGAGAAAGAGCCAUUGCUUACUCCCUCUCACAACAGCAAUGGAGAUCAAACUCAAAUUCAAAUUCAAAUGCACCGCCAUUCUCUCUUAAGCAUCAUGAACUAGAUAAGAGCGGAUGGGGUUGGAGCUGGUUAGAGCGUUGGAUGGCAGCCAAGCCAUGGGAAAAUAGACUGAUGGAACAAGCCCAUAUGGAUCCCUCCGAGACCACUCCAUCUUCCAAAAUUUGUGAUGAUUUAAGUAGAAGCCGCUCAAAAUCUUUGGAACCCAGUUUAGUAAAAGUCAGAAAGAACAACAUGACCACGAGGAUCUCUGUGAAACCUCCAGUCAGUGCUCGUUCAUCAUCAACCCCAAGUUCUGAAUUUCAGUACGACGAGAGCCCGGCAUCUUCUUCACUUGGAACAUCCACCCCAAUAUCCAGCAACACUCUCAUAGCAUCUGAAAGAACUGAAGGGAGUAACAACAACAGGCCCAAUUACAUGAAUCCAACGGAGUCUAUCAAGGCUAAGCAGAAGUCAUGCAACUCUCUUCGAAUGAGGCACUCAUCGGACGAUUUUCAGUUUCACAAGAAGGUAAUUAUUUCUAACGGGGAUUCAAAGAGCAGUGUGGGUUCAGAUCCUUCAGUCACUUCAUCUAAACCAGGCCCACUGAUGACACGUAUGGAUAAGAACUCGAUAAGAGCCAGGGAGAAGGAGAAUUGCUAUUACAGUGCCGAGAGAACGACUUCAAUGUGUUAGAGUUAGCUGUUGCUUGGAAUGGUUUUGGUGGCUGUAGGAGUUCAACAUCUUGUUGUCCUGUUUGAUUGAGAAACUUGUUCGAGUUUGAAGAGUCACGGUUCUAACUGAUUUGGGUUUUCAUUUGGAAGGGGAAUUCAGCUGAAACUGAAAUGAGUUCGAGCUGAACCAAAUCAAAUUCGGAGAUUCGGGUUUCUGUUUUGUAUCAUAUAAUCCAAAUUAUGCAUGUAGAAUUCAUGGAUGUGGUUGUGUGUUGUUUCCUAUGUAUUUGAUCAAUGAGAAUAGAGUGCAGUUCAGCAUAA